UAUCUUCCUCCUGAAGGAACUCUAUACUUGUGGUAUGGAUCCAGGGUCAGCUGAUUCAUCAAUUACGUCUAGUGCUAAUUCUCCUGCUGUGCAAUCUUCUGUUACUACAGCAUCUGGACCCAAUACUUCUCCGCGAGAUGCAACGUCAAAGCUAUCUGCUUCUGGGAUAUCAUUGUGGGCCAAAAAUUUGAAAAUUCCCCAGCCAUUCACUGCGAACCAAGAUGAUUCAUCUAGUGGAAUUGCUGGAAAGUCGAGCUUUGCACGAUUUACUGGUGGAUUAGGGCUUCGUUUAUCCCCAAAAUCUCCUCAGGCAGAUGAUAGUUUUGAUGGACCUUCAACUACAGCACAAACUGGUUUCAUUGGAACAAUUACAAAAGGCUUAGUUGAUUCAUCUAAGAAUGCUGUGAAGGCUGUACAGGUUAAGGCUAGACAUGUUGUCUCCCAGAAUAAACGAAGAUACCAGGAAGGAGGAUUUGAUCUGGAUAUGACAUAUAUCACGGAGAAUAUAAUUGCUAUGGGCUUUCCUGCUGGUGACAUGAGCUCUGGGUUCUUUGGAUAUGUUGAGGGUUUCUACCGAAACCACAUGGAAGAAGUCAUCAAGUUCUUUGAAACUCAUCACAAGGACAAAUACAAAGUGUACAAUCUUUGUUCUGAGAGGCUGUAUGAUGCUUCAUUAUUUGAAGGGAAGGUGGCCAGUUUCCCAUUCGAUGAUCAUAACUGCCCGCCAAUUCAGUUGAUCAUAUCAUUUUGCCAAAGUGCUUAUGCAUGGUUGAAGGAGGAUAUUGAGAAUGUUGUGGUUGUUCACUGUAAGGCUGGUAUGGCAAGGACGGGGUUGAUGAUUUCUAGCCUACUUCUCUACUUGAAAUUCUUUCCAACUGCUGAGGAGUGCAUGGACUUCUACAACCAAAAGAGAUGUGUGGACGGAAAGGGGCUUGUUCUACCAAGUCAAAUUAGAUAUGUCAAAUAUUUUGAACGAAUCUUAACUUACUUCAAUGGAGAAAACCAACCUGGGCGUAGAUGCAUGCUUAGGGGCUUUCGGCUUCACAGAUGCCCUUAUUGGAUCAGGCCUUCAAUUACUGUCUCUGAUCAUAAUGGGGUUCUCUUUUCCACAAAAAAACAUCCCAGAACCAAGGAUCUGUCGCCAGAAGACUUCUGGUUUACUGCACCGAAAAAAGGGGUUAUGGUCUUUGCCCUUCCAGGAGAACCCGGCCUGACAGAGUUGGCUGGUGACUUUAAAAUCCAUUUUCAUGACCGCCAAGGAGAUUUCUACUGCUGGCUAAACACCACAAUGAUGGAAAAUCGAAAAAUUCUUCUCACCAGUGAUCUUGAUGGGUUUGACAAGGUAGACAUUGAAUGCCAUCAUACUAAGUCAGAAAUCACUACCAAGAAAGCAGAUGAAAGCUCUGGUGCUGGUCUUAACACAGUUGAUGGAGUUGCAGCUGCUUCUACUCAGAAUAAAGAUGGAAAUAAUGACAAAGACGAUGUUUUCUCAGAUAGUGAGGCGGAGGAGGGUUCUUCAAGAGGCAGGAAAGCCCAGGCAGCUUCUGCAGUUGGAGGAACCGUGACCUCACCCACCACUUCUAAUAGUACUUCAGAUCAAGUUGCAGGUUUAACACGAGGAACCGAACAAGUUUCUCUUGGAAAUGUGGCCUCCCAACAAACACAUGCCUCUAGUGAGUCAAAGAAGGUUCCUGGUGGUAUCUCGGGUUUUGCGUCUUCCAAUGCAGAUAGUGAGUUUAAGGUAAUGGCUGCCGAUGCGUCAGUUUUUACGUUUGGAGACGACGAAGACUACGAGAGCGAGUGAAGUAGCAAAAAGGACAUUGGUGGCUCUUGAUGUUGAACAAACGUGUACAUAAAUUGUUUGCAAGUUAUACGUGUACCAAAUGGUGAAUGCUCAAUCCAUUCGUUUUAUUUGUAAGUUUUAAAGUCUGGUUCCGGCUUAUUGAUUAUGUAAAUCAAGAAGCUAAACCAUAAUUAUAGUGAUUACUGAAUUAAUUUUCUCUCAGGUAAGAAAUUUGUUUUCAUCAUGGCCGUGUUUGGAUACAAGGAAAAUAACGGGAGAAGAAUUAUGCUUUUA